UUUCAUACGCACAUUAACCAGGCACUUAGACUAGAAUGAACUGUCCUCCAUAGAGUAUGACUCUCCAUAGGACAGAUUGGAAUUUUUCUAAAAACCAGGCACUUGAAGGAUCGAUUCGCGACAUCCUGUUUAACCAACGCAUAAAGUGAUUAGAUGACAUGUACAACGCGGCAGUUACUAUGAUCAAGUUAACGUAGGACCACAGACCCACAUCGCUUUCUUCCUCAUGUUCCAGUCGAGUUCGAUGACCCGACUUGUCUCCCGGGAGAGGUUCCGGUUCAGGAGGAUGAUAUCUGGGGUCGUCCUCAUAUUCCUGGAGUUCUUCUUGCGACGAGUAGCAGAGCUUGGAUAUGCGUCUCCGGAAUCAAACUUCGGUGUUAAAGGAGAUAGCUCGCUGAAACGUGAAUGGUUGAGGGUCACAUGGAGUAAUUUCCAUCGUGCUCCUUCAAGUUGUGACGAGACCUCCUCGCUCCUUGAGGGCAAGACUGCCGAUUGUGUUCGAGAGGUCUUGGAACGGGCGGCUCAGCGCUUAUUUUCUGACGACGCGGGGCUUUACCCACAACAUCGGACGCGUUUUUACGUGGGUGUGCUACCCCCACUUGCACGUAUUGUGCGCAACAUGAGUGAGACAGAAGUAGGUGUCUUAUCCCCGCAGCUGGAUAGUGCGACGAUAGAACCUAGGCCAUCGUCACGGAUUAGCGCAGGCAUGGCACGUGGAUAG